AUGAACCUGCGACAAGAGUCGAUAAACCAGCAAGCCGCGUUUUUGAGUAUUGGAGUUUCUUCUUCUGUCCAGAUCUGGACACUGAAACUCCCCAUCCCGCUUUCUGACCAAUCAGAUCCCGUCUUCCACUGGGCCACAGCCAACUUCCCAUCUCCUCAGCUGAUCGGUCUAUUUCUCGGUUCUUCUAAAGAGCCAUUAAUACGAUGCCGUCAGCUGCUGACUCCAUAA